CACGAUAUCUCGGACAGCGGUCUUUCGUUAUAAAAAACCCAGUCAGCAGUUCGAAUUCUUCGCAGCUACCAAAUUUGAGAUUACAACAGGGACUUCAUGGCGUCGAAAGAAUUUGAAUCUUGGCAGACGAAAAGAAAGAACAUCAAAGAACGCAUCGAGUUUAUGUUUAACAACCCAUUGAUGAGCGACAUAUCUUUUGUGAUUAAAGAUUCUGAGGGUUCCGAUGUCAUCUUCUCGGCACAUAAGUUCGUGCUAGCGGUGAGCAGCCCAGUUUUGUAUGCUAUGUUUUUCGGCGAUUUAGCGGAGAGUAAAAGCAGAAUUGAGCUUCCUGACUGUAAUUCAGAAAGCUUUGAAGAGUUUCUUCGCUUCCUUUAUUGCGACGAAGUCAAGCUCACUGGAAGUUGCGUUAUGCAAGUUUCAUACUUAGCAAAGAAGUACAUUGUUCCGGAACUUGAAAUCGAAUGUACGAAAUUCUUGACCGAAAAUCUCUCGCCGGAAAAUGUCUUCGACAUUUUGCCUCAUGCUAAAAAGUUCGAAGACAACGAGCUUGUGACUCGCUGCUGGGAGGUUGUGGAUGCGAGGGCCGAAGAAGUGCUAAGAUCUGAAUCGUUCUCGUCCAUCGCAACGGAACUACUCGAAGAAAUUGUGGUUCGAGAUUCUCUGGCGAUUCACGAAGUGAACCUUUUCGAAGCCGUUGAUCGAUGGGCAGAUGUAGAGUGUGAGCGACAAGAGAUUGAACCCUCUAAAGAAAAUAAAAGAAGGGUAACUGGCGAGGAAGUUAUAAACAACAUUCGUUUUCCGUUGAUGACGCAGGAGCAAUUUGCUGAAAAGGUUCCAACAUCUGGGCUCCUCACCAAAGACGAUGUCAUCGAGAUGUUCAUGUGGUAUAGCUCUGUAACAAUAAGCAUGAAAUUCUCAAAACGUCCAAGGAAGUUAAUUCCUCCUCGUGUGUUUUCCCGCUGCAAGAGAUUCCCUCAGGUCAGCCAUGGAUGGGCAUAUUCUAGCGGUAUACCCGAUGGGGUGGUUUUUGCCGUUGAUACCCCUGUGUAUAUGGGUGGGGUCCGUCUGUUUGGGAGCAGAGGGUUCUCGUAUGAUGUCUCUCUCAAGCUGUCUUUGCUGGUGGAAGGUAACUGCCGGGAUCAAGAGUUGCACUCUGUUGACGGUUCUUACGAGACUGAAGCAGAGAAGACAAAUGGAUACUUUGGUUUUGAUAUAAUCUUUGAUGAUCUUGUGCAGCUACAACCCAAUGUGCAAUACCACAUUUCUGCAUUGAUCUCCGGGGUUAGUUCAUGGUAUGGCUCUGGUGGGCUGAGUGUUGUGGAAUGUGAUGGUUCAUGCUUUAGGUUCACUGGCCAGUCAAGUCCAAAUGGCACAAAUGAUGCAGGGGGACAGUUUGCAGAGAUUUUGUUUCACAAAAGAUAAUGUUAUGAAAUUUAAAAAUUGUUCAGCCUUCAGCUAUCAUUUCUGCAUUAUGAGUGUGUUUGCAAGUAGGCUGCCAUAACCCUUUAUACACUGAUGCAGUAUGUAUAUUCUCCAUACUGUUCUGUUGACAUUUCCUAAGGUGCUCACAUAGAGAAUUAAGCAAUCAAGAGCUUAUUUAGUUGGUGAUCAUCACCAUUAUUCCUGUAAACUUUAUGUUUGAUUCAGGGGUGAUGUGUAAGGAGAAAUUAGAGGCUAGUCACUCUUAGGUGUGAAACAGUUUAGUGUGUCACACUGUCUGCUGGUUUUUCUGUCGAUUGAGUAUUAAAAGCAUUCAUUUGGGCAUGAUUUUUUGUAUUUGUUGUAUUGUUUUUAUCAAUUUAUUUUGUGUAAGACAAAUAUUGACUGUACAUCACUAUUACCCCUGUAACUCUCAGUGAUUAACAAGUUACUUCUCCCUAUAAUAUCCAUACAUUAUCCAGCAAACAAGUGAUGAGAAUACUCAAAGUUAUCAGACAGAA